CCUGAAACAGAGAUAGAGAGAGCGAAUUGCAAAGAGAGGCAACCAUGGCUGACAGAGGUGGAGCCGACAGAGCCGGUGGCGAGAGAGGCCGCCGUGGAUUCGGGGGACGGGGAGGCGACCGAGGAAGGGGUCGUCGCCGCGCCGGCCGCCGCGACGAGGAGGAGAAGUGGGUUCCCGUGACCAAGCUCGGCCGCCUGGUGAAAGAAGGCAAGAUCCGCAGCUUGGAGCAAAUCUACCUCCACUCCCUCCCAAUCAAGGAGUACCAGAUCAUCGACACCCUCGUCGGCCCCGGCGUUCUGAAGGAUGAAGUCAUGAAGAUCAGCCCCGUCCAGAAGCAGACCCGCGCCGGGCAGCGCACCCGAUUCAAGGCCUUCGUCGUCGUCGGCGACGGGAACGGCCACGUCGGAUUGGGCGUCAAGUGCAGCAAGGAAGUCGCCACUGCGAUUCGCGGCGCCAUCAUUCUGGCGAAGCUGUCCGUGAUUCCGGUUAGGAGAGGGUACUGGGGGAACAAGAUCGGGCUGCCACACACGGUGCCCUGCAAGGUCACCGGGAAAUGUGGCUCCGUCACCGUCCGGAUGGUGCCCGCCCCGCGUGGUGCUGGGAUCGUCGCGGCUCGUGUGCCGAAGAAGGUUCUGCAGUUUGCUGGGAUUGAGGACGUUUUCACUUCCUCCCGUGGAUCCACCAAAACCCUUGGCAAUUUCGUGAAGGCUACAUUUGAUUGCCUCCUGAAGACGUAUGGUUUCUUGACCCCUGAUUUCUGGAAGGACACCCGCUUCACCAAGUCGCCUUUCCAAGAGUACACCGAUCUUCUGGGAAAGCCAACCAAGGCCCUUAUCCUUGAAGACGUCGAGAGAACCGAGGCUUGAUGGUGAAAAUUUCUUGAAGAUGAGAUGAUGUAGGAUCUCCGAAAAGGCAGUCAGUAUGCAAUACUUGGUUAGCUUGCAGUCAGUAUGAAAUACUUGGUUAGCUUCUUGAGAACGAUAAUCUUGUCAAUGUUCCUCUGUUCUGUGUUGAGUUUGUUUAGGAUACAGUUUCGAAUUCCAUCUUCGAGGUUGUAACUUGGUUUCUUUUCAAUUCAAUCGAAAUUUUGAUGGUCUGUGGCUUGGAUAUUGAAUUGUAACUAUUGAUGUGCUCUUCAUCAUAUUAAUAUUGUGCAUCUCUUUGCAUAAGCGUACAAUAAUUCUCUUCUUUUCAAAGUUCGCUAGAGAUUCAUAUUAAUGGAACCUGCUCGAUUGGCAUCCCUACCAGCCAUCACAAUUUCUUGCCCCUAAGAGACUUUAGUUCCUCCAAUAACGAUUUCAGAUCAGAAUUAGAAGAUCCUCCUUCUUCAUUCGCCCCGACAGCCAUUUUCUGAAGCUUCCUAGCUCUGCCCCUCAGUUCUUCCGAUUCCUCUCGGACCAUCACCCGAGCUAUCGCCCUCUCUAUGUCUUCCCUCCCGACGACGAUCUUCCUCUCACCUCUCGACCAUUCUUGAGCUCCAACUCCAACACCGAUCUUCAGAACAUCGGUCACCAACUUCUCAUUGAGAAACUGCUCUGCCUGGAGCGGCCAUGUCACCAUCGGCACCCCUGCAGCCACAGCUUCGAGCGUCGAGUUCCACCCGCAGUGCGUCAUGAACCCUCCGAUCGCCGUGUGAUCGAGAAUCAGCACCUGAGGCGCCCAUCCCUUGAUCACAAUCCCUUUCCCCUUCAUCCUCUCCUCGAACCCUUCCGGCAGCAAUUCCCCCUUCUUCACAACCCAGAUGAAGCUCUGCUCCGACGAAUCCAGAGCACCAGCGAUCUCACACAGCUGAGCAUUCGACAUGUUGGAUAUGCUCCCAAAGCAGAUAUACAACACCGAAUUGGGUUCCAUACCAUCCAGCCAUCUCAAAUGGUCAUGUUCAUCGAUGUCGGCGGCGGAGGCAACAUUUCCUCUCUCUGCUUUUUCCUCGGUACCGUCCUUGUUACCGAGCGACAAUGGACCAAUCAACCAUGCCUUUCUCCCCAUUACCUUCCUGUAGUACUCGGCGUACCCCGGCUCAAGCUCGUGGAAGCUAUUCACUACAGCCCCAAAGCUGUUGACCUCCGAUUCCUCCAUUUUCUCUCGCAGUUCCUUAAUCCCGCUAUCCGAUUCAUCGCCUUUCAAAAAAGGCGGGAGCUGCAACUUCGUCAAUUGAAUCUCAUGCGGCAAUCCAGGGAGAAGAAAAGGUUCGGAAUCAGAUUCCACGACUUUGUACGGCUCGUGGAGUUUGAGGGCGUGAAGCAAAGACACGGCGAACGCCCCUGUUCCAUUGAAGAAGAGCCUCGGGAUGCAGAGUCUGGCGGCGGUCUCUGUAGCCCAGGUGAAAACCACGUCGGCGAGGAUGCAAUCCGGCCGCCACUGCCGGAGGAGAUCCUCCACCGGGCGCUGGAAAACGGCCAUGGACUUGAAGAACGGGAUCAUGAGCUCGGGGGAUUUGAUGGCGUUGACGUUCUCGCAACCUUCCGGCAGCCCUGCCUCGGCGCAGGGGAAUUCGAUGAUGUGGGUUUCGAUUGGAAGACCCAAUUGGGCGUCGCGGCGGAUCUUGCCGGAGAAGAGAGGGGCGUUGAGGGGAGUGGUGAUGAUCGUUGACUUGACGCCGCGGCGGGCGAAGAGCCUCGCCAUGUCUGUGAUUGGGAUCAUGUGGCCUUGAGCCAUGAAAGGGAGGAAGACGACGUGGAGCUGGUGGUGUGGUGGAUCCAUUGAUUUGGAGGGAAGUGAAGAACUUGAGUGUAGUGGGAUUGAUCUGUGGCAGUGAUCUGGUUGUUCUUGAGAUUUUUAUAGAUGCCGUUUUAGGACUCGG